CGAGAUCUCACAUGACGUAGGCGGUCACGUGACCAACCGCUUACGUGAGCAGAAGUAGUUCUGGUCGUCGCCUACCGUCUCGCUAUAGCCGUCUGAGGGAAGAAGGAGGAAAAUUACCCGAUAUCUUUAGAGCCACAUCAAAAUUGCAUUGAGCCAAGCUUGCCAUCAAGAGCCCAACAGUCACCAUGAUGCUGAGCACAGAAGGCAGGGAGGGGUUCGUGGUGAAGGUCAGGGGCCUACCCUGGUCCUGCUCAGCUGAUGAAGUGAUGCGCUUCUUCUCUGAUUGCAAAAUCCAGAAUGGCACAUCAGGUAUUCGUUUCAUCUACACCAGAGAAGGCAGACCAAGUGGCGAAGCAUUUGUUGAACUUGAGUCGGAAGAUGAAGUGAAAUUGGCUUUGAAGAAGGACAGAGAAACCAUGGGUCACAGAUAUGUUGAAGUAUUCAAGUCCAACAGUGUUGAAAUGGAUUGGGUGCUGAAGCAUACAGGUCCAAACAGUCCUGACACUGCCAAUGAUGGUUUCGUCCGGCUUAGAGGACUCCCAUUUGGCUGUAGCAAGGAAGAGAUUGUUCAAUUCUUUUCAGGGUUGGAAAUUGUGCCAAAUGGGAUGACACUGCCAGUGGACUUUCAGGGGCGGAGCACAGGGGAGGCCUUUGUGCAGUUUGCUUCACAGGAGAUAGCUGAAAAGGCCUUAAAGAAACACAAGGAAAGAAUAGGGCACAGGUACAUUGAAAUAUUCAAGAGCAGCAGAGCGGAAGUCCGAACCCAUUAUGAUCCCCCUCGAAAGCUCAUGGCUAUGCAGCGUCCAGGUCCUUACGAUAGGCCCGGGGCUGGCCGAGGAUAUAAUAGCAUUGGCAGAGGAACUGGGUUUGAAAGGAUGAGGCGGGGUGCCUACGGUGGGGGGUAUGGAGGCUACGAUGACUAUGGUGGCUAUAAUGAUGGGUAUGGUUUUGGGUCUGAUAGGUUUGGAAGAGACCUCAAUUACUGUUUCUCAGGAAUGUCUGAUCAUAGAUAUGGAGAUGGUGGGUCUAGUUUCCAGAGCACCACGGGGCACUGUGUACACAUGAGGGGGUUACCUUACAGAGCCACUGAGAAUGAUAUUUAUAAUUUUUUCUCUCCUCUUAACCCCAUGAGAGUACACAUCGAAAUUGGACCCGAUGGCAGGGUUACUGGUGAGGCAGAUGUUGAAUUUGCUACACAUGAAGAUGCGGUGGCAGCUAUGGCAAAAGAUAAAGCUAAUAUGCAACACAGAUAUGUAGAGCUCUUCUUGAAUUCUACUGCAGGGACAAGUGGAGGGGCUUACGAUCACAGCUAUGUAGAACUCUUUUUGAAUUCUACAGCAGGGGCAAGUGGUGGUGCGUAUGGUAGCCAAAUGAUGGGAGGGAUGGGCUUAUCUAACCAGUCUAGUUACGGGGGUCCUGCCAGCCAGCAGCUGAGCAGUGGUUAUGGAGGUGGUUAUGGUGGUCAGAGCAGUAUGAGUGGGUAUGACCAAGUUCUGCAGGAAAACUCCAGUGACUAUCAGUCAAACCUUGCUUAAGAUACAGAAGGAGCACUAAACAGCUACUAUAGAAGUAAAAGCUGUGCGUUGUGGGAGUUGGAUAGAACGGGAGGGAUGCCUAGUAUAUCUAGUAUGAUUGGUAAAUGGAAAAUAUAGUGGAUUCUGAUUGCUCUUGGUCAGCUAGCUUGCCCGCCCUCCCUUUCUUUCUCUCCCCCUUUUUUCUUUCUUUCUUUCUUUCUUUCUUUCUUUCUUUCUUUCUUUCUUUCUUUCUUUCUUUCUUUCUUUCUUUCUUUCUUUUUCUUUCUCCUUUCCUUUUUUAAGAAAAUAAAAGUUAAGUUUAUCAGUUUUGCAUUACAGGCUUGUGAUUCAUGCUUACUGUAAAGUGGAAAUCAAGAUUGUUUUAAACCUUAUAUAAUAUUGAACACUGAAAUAUCAUCUAGGAUGUAAUAACAAAUUUCAGUAUUGACCAUAACGUAAAACAACUUUCAGCUCUCCUCAAGUUAGUUAUGUUGUAGGAGUGUACCUAAGCAGUAAGCAUAUUUAGGUUAAAGCAGUUUCACUUAUGUUAUAUGUUGCUCUUAUACCACAGUACAUUGAAAACUUCAGAUGCAUGUUGAGAAACAUGCUGUUCUGUAAAACUCAAAUAUAGGAGCUGUGUCUAUGAUUCAAAGUGAAAACAUUUGGCAUGUUUGUUAAUUCUAGCUUUUUGGUUUAAUAUCCUGUAAGGCACGUGAGUGUACACUUUUACUUUUUUUUUUUUUUUUUUUAAGAUCUGGGACAAUUUCAAGAUGUAAUACUUUAGGAGUUUGGUCAUGUCAGUUGUAUGGAAUUCUGAGGCUUUGAUUUAAAUCUUUCCUUGUAUUGUGAUUUCCAUUUAGAUGUAUUGUACUAAGUGAAACUUGUUAAAUAAAUCUUCCUUUUAAAAACUGGAAAAA